UUUUAUCAACUUCUCCCCACUACUACUGUAGGAAAUAAAUAGGGGCAACAAAUGAGAAUUCAAAUUAUGAUCUUAGGGUUUAAAGGGUUAAGUCUUCAAAAGAGGCGUUUUCUUAUUCAACUUUAUUGUUGGCAGGUUUCGUUAGAAAUGGCAAAGCCUCAGCUGGCAGCAGAAUACUAUACCCAGGAAGAAAUGGUAACAGAUACUGUAGUGUUACAAUAUUAUUAUUCUUAUUGGUAAAUAUUAAAUAAUUAUCAGUUGUCUAUUUUAUAAACGUGGCCGUGUGCUGGUAGAAUUUUAGCGUUUAACACAGGCGUAUUCUUGGGCGAUCAGAAGGUGCUUGCCCUGGCCGCCAUCUUUGAUUUUAUCACUAAGAAGGCCAGGGAGUGUAGGAAUAGCAACCCUAUGGGUGGUGGGAUUGCCCUCUUCACCGCUCCCUUAGCCUGAGAAAACAGCUGGCAUUUUGUGAUGCCACCGCUGUUUUCCCAAGAAAUGACGUCUAAGAAAUAACUGUAGAAAUUCCAUAAUGAUGACCGAUCUGAAUAGUGCUUCUGAUUGGUCAUACCACGUGGAAAAUUUGCCUCAGCCAGUCAGAAGCACUACCCAGAUCUGGGUAGUGAGGUGUCAUCAGUAUGGAAUUUCUGCGCUCAUUCCUCGGACGUCUUUUGCGGGAAAACCAAUGGUGACAUCAUGAAAUGUCAGCUGUUUCUCAGGCUACCACACCCUUAACCUUGGCCCAACACCUUGACUACUAUAUUUUUUAACAUGGUGUUUAUGCGAGCAAAAAUAUUCGCACACCUGCAGAAAACGCGUAGCCCCAGUUUUUCAAAAAGCUGAAUAUCCCUGUCCGACAGAUAAUUUACUAUCCAGUGGAUAACCAAUUGCGUUAUCCACUGGAUAGUAAAUUAUCCGGUGGAUAGCGUUAUCCAGGUUUUGAACAACAAGGGCCUGCAAUGCAGGCUAGGAGAAUUACCGAGCAACUUUCUCAGUACUUUGAUUUGUUUCAAACCCAUAGGUUGGUCUGGAUCCCUGUAGAUCCAGUGUUAUGAAUGGGGAAUGUUGAUGGUGACCAAAGGUGUUUUGAAGUUCAGUAAAGCCUCCCUGUAACUGUUAAAAGGGUUUUUUAUGUUAGGAAAGUUAGCACUUUAUAUUGCCCCACCCUUCCCUCCUUCAGUUUUCCAGCGUUGUUUUUUUCUGUCUUAAAACCCAAAAACAAGACUUUGUUAGCUGACAUUAUUUACUUUGGGUAGGUGAAAUUUAAGAAGCCAAAGAAAAGAAGAAAAAUCAAGAAGAGGGAGACCUUAAAGGUAACAAUCUCUGCUAAGGAAUUGUGACUCUCCUUAGAUCUGAGAUGAGUUUGCAGAAUUGUUUCUACUAGGCAACGACACACUGUUCAACAAUUAUUGCUGAUGAGAUCCUGGCCAAACAUUUUUUGAGCACGUUCUACCUCUAUUGAACACAACAUUGAGAUUUGAUAAGACACUGUUGUAUGUUGUGGUAUCCAUGGCUCAAGUUUUAUUUUCCUUCGUUGGGGGAUAUGGCGGUGCACUUUUACGAUUUUAAUGGUAUGUUUGAUUCACGUGCUGGAAGUUUAGAUUUGUUUUUUGAUUUUCGGCUGCAUGACCGCCAACUUUAUGUGCAUUAGCGUUCCCACUUUGCAUUCUUGUUCUCUAUGGGAUUGAUACCAUCCUCUAGUGAAAAAGCGGUAUAGCACCCAGUUUCGCUAAGUCAAAUAAGCCCCACUCUAUUCUUCCGCCCCGCCUCAAACGCCUUGAAAUAAAUAAACCCCCGGGAGGCGUUAUACAGAAUUUACAGUGGAUAACUUUAGCAAGGACGUUUUUGAGUGAUGCACGUCAACCGGAAGUGGAUGUUUUGCACUCUUGGGCAGCGGACUUGCCCAUAUUUUCGGGCAGAUCGUCUGUAGACGAGUAAAGACAUUUAGUAAGACAAAUGUGGUAGCGUCAAGGCAUACUAAAAUGAAAAAGGGCACACUUCCGGUCGACGUGCGUCGUCCAAAAACGUCUUUGCUUACGCUCUUUACUAGCCUGCGUUAGACGUGUUUAGUCAACCCCAGACACAUCCUUAAUAUUAUAGCGAUCGCAAGCAUGUAAUGUUUAUUUUUAGGGACGGACCAUUAGAAAAAUUAUAGGGUGGGGUGAGGGGAAUUUUCAAGCCGCAGGAAUUUUUUUUCGUUAUCAAAUUCCUUGUAUGAAUUGCACGAAUAUUUUUUGGGAUUAAUUGGCGUACAAGAAUUUUUUUCAUUUAAUUUUCCCUUGCGCGAAUAUCUUUUUUUGUACUUCGCCCGCGCCCCCCCAUAAGUUUUCCAAUGGUCCGCCCCUUACUCGAGUUUGUUGUGAAGAUGGCGCCACUCAGAUGUCUUUCCGAUGUGACAUCAAACAGUCAUCGUUCAUGUUCUGGAUCGUAUUAUGGAAACCAUACUUAACAACAAUUACUCAGUAAUGACUGUAUUCAUUCCACAGGCAGAUGAUCUUGAAGUGUUACCGGGUCAAACAGAUUUAAACAGUGAUCGUGGUUCAAGGUAUAGUGAGCUGAUAUUAGGGAGCUUAAGCAAAGACGUUUUUGAGCAACGGACGUCAACCGGAAGUGAGGACUUUUCCCUUGUAAUAUGCCUUGACGCUAUGUAAUUUGUAUUGCUUAGUUUCUUUACUCUUAUAGAGACGAUUUGACUGAAAAUUUGGCAAAACCAUCGCCCAAAAAUGAAAAAGGGCAACUUCCGGUUGACGUGCGUCGCUCAAAAACGUCUUUGCUUAAGUUCCCUAUUAUUGCUGAAGCAGAAAGGGUGUUAGGGUGCUAUCUUGGAUUUAUCGUUUGGGAGAGAAGUCCCGAGUGGCCGAAGGCCAUGAGCUUCCUAGCAGGAUCCGGGGGCCUGCCUCCCGUCCCGGUAAUUUUUUUGAAAUGAAUAUGCACUGAGAUGCAAUCUGGUGCAUUUUGAGACACAAUUUUGAGAGAUGUUACAGUGGUAUUUUAUUUCAUUUUUUAGUCGUGAUCUUGUUCCUUGUCAUAUAGUGCCCGUAGAUAGGGGAUACUUACUUCAUGUGCACUGAUCUCGUCGCGUCUGGAUGAUUUUUCCAAUACAGUUACUUAUAUACUGUAAUGGUAACAAUAUAUUUUUUGGGGGGGGGGGGUGGGGAGCUUCUACCCUCCCUCAAAUACCCUAGAUAGAACCUUGGGUGUAUUAAUACGCUAGAGAAAUCCAGCAUCCUCACUAACCACUCACGCCAAAUGCAGGGCAAUCAAGAACAAACUAAAACCCUAACACCCUCCAGCCCCUCCAGUGUUUUAAUUGACGUAUGGAAAAAGGCUUCCCAAUGGAGACAACGAUCUUUUAGUGCCCAGUCGAAUCUACCCCCUCUGCUUUCAUAAACCAAGAUGGGUGACUAUGAUUGUACAUUGUAUGAGGAGUUCGCUCUCCCACAAAGGCCAAAAAUACGGAUGGUUUAAGACAUUCAACAGGUGCUGAUGACCAUAUCCUCGUGUUGCAUUUGUAUGUGGUUCUAUUAUUUUACAAGGUGAUAAAAUUAAACGAAGGGUAAAUUGUCUUUUCUCUACGUUACUAUAUGUAUACAGAGCCGUAAAGUCCAUCCUAAAGAAUGCUCCUAAAAGACGGGAGCAAGAAGAACAAGAAGACAUGAUGGAACUAGAUCCACUGGAGCCAGAGGACGAAGGUUUGAUUUACUCCAUAGUCUCAGUUGUAUGGUUAAACAAAGGAAAUUAUUGACGGCCUUAACUUUCUAAACUACGAGUAGUCUCUCAUUUUCCUCAGAGAUAGUAAAACGAGGGAAAUAUGCUGGCAUGCGUGAAAAUCGCCGCGCGCGAGGAGAGACGAGACGGUGAGGAAGGAGAGAAAUUUUCACGUGCGCUCGGGUAAUUCGGUCGCUCUACUGUCCAUGUGGAAAGUGAGGGACUGGUCGUAGUCUAAUAACUGCCAAGGUAUCAGUAACGUUUAGGCAACCGCAAUGUGAGAGAGAAUAAAUAAAAAAACAUUGAGAAUGCGCUCCAAUUGAUUCAUUUUAGUUACUUAGCUUGGUGUCGUUGAUUUCUGUUUUAGAAAUCCUUGCAACUGAGAAUGACUAUGGUGGAAUAAUUGAAGAGGAUGAUGCCCAGCUGGAAUUACAGCUGGCACUGGAAAGGUGAUCAACGGGUUAUAUCUUAUUCGUGUCAUUUAUUGUCAGUCGGUGAUAUUAGAAAACUUAUUUUUGAUUUUACAAGUUAUAUACGCGUUAGGGUUUCAUAAUGAGGCCGUUGGCCGCAUCGUAGCUUGCGAGCAAGCUCUUCAUUUCCAGUGGAAAACCAGACGAGCGAUAAGAGAACGCGCGAGUGAACGGCAAAGGCCCGCCUGUCGCUUUCGUGUCUUCUUUCGUGUGACGUGCGCGCGUGGCUUUCACGAAAUCCCCCAAAGGAGAUGGCCGCUUUAAUUAGCUUUAAAGUGGCCGUUUAGCGAGGUUCCUUUGUAGUCGUUUAUUUUGUGUUUGUGUCACGCGUGUCUGAUGCCGAUGGUGUUAAAUUGUUUUCUGUAGAUCUCGUCGGUUGAAGCAAAAGAAAGCAGCAACUGGCGUUGAAAGGGUGUGUAUUAGAAGCAGAGAAUUAUCUUAGUUAUAAAAACCGCUGACUCGUUAGAUCAUGUAGUUGUGGACUUGGGUACUGUAGACCUGGGUUCGAUCCCAGGCCGAACCCCGGGGGUCUACUCAAUGUUUUAUGCGGACAGAAUCCGCCCCGAGGUCCAACCUCUUACCUUCUUAUACGCCACUUAUUCCAUUAAAAAAGAGGUGUCCCUUUCAUAAUGAGCCUUCUUGUCAUCGUAUGUAGCCUUUAAAAAAUUAUAAUGAUACGGCCAUAAGAUGGAUCUGUUCGAAAUAUUUUAAUUAAAGGCCCAUUAAAUACUUAAAGGUCAGAUUUUCCCUAUCUUUUCAUAUACUACCUAAAGCCUGGAAAAGGUACCCCUUUUGGGUGGAAACUCCCCGAAAAGGCCAUCAUAUGGGUUAUAACCUGCGAUCAGGCGAUUUUUUUGGGGGGGGGGGAGGAGGGGGUUACUAUUAAUGUAUCCAGGGUUGUCACUAAAAUUUCAAGUUGCCGGGCAAAUACGACAAGUAGGCGGGGAAUCAAACAGUUAGGGAUUUCUUUUGGUUCUAUUUUUCUUCCAUUUUCCUAUGAAAGUAGCGGGGGAAAAUGCCCGGCCCUCGGAUGUAAAAUGACAGCCCUGAUUGUCUGCGUGGUGAUUCGUAGGUAAUUGAGGCACUCGCCACUGUUAAGAAAGAGAAAGAAGAAGAAGACACGGAUAAGAAAGGUAGGUUUACAGUGACAUUAUUCUCGUAACUUUCUCUACUCAUUUCUUCCUUUCCCAGCUGAUCAGUACUUCGAGUUAUGGCGUUUAUGCAAUUCCAACGCCUGGCUGAUGAGAGUGAAAAAAGCAAUAACAAGCUUGAACCUCAAUUUUAUUGUAGAGUUCUCCUAUAGCUUAUCUGCUAGAGCAUCUGCCGGACCAAGUCUAGUAACCAGAAGUUGAUAUGUUCGAAUCCUUUUGGAAGAACUCAGUGUACUCUUUGACCUCUUUGAGAACUCUGUGAAUCCUUCUGGGAUAACUCUAUGACCCUUUCAUGACCCUACAAUACUCGUCACAAAUCGUUGAAACAGAAGCCAUUUGUCUUGAAUUUUCUCCCAAUUUCUUACAUUCACUCUUCACACCUUUGUUCUCACUCAAAUGUGCCCCUCUCCUUCCCCAAUGUUGAGCCACGCGUAUUUUGGAGAACUGAGAUGACUGUAAUCCCAAAUUAACAUUGGAGAGGGGAAAAUCACGCAAGUGUUUCAAGAUUUGUGACGAGUAUUGUAGCUCCCAGAAUUCUUCUGUUGCUCAGUGGUAGAGCAUGCGUAGUUACAGUUGGACCUCUCCACAAUGGACACCUUAGGGACACAAGAAAGUGGCCGUUAUAAAGAGGUGGCCGUUGUAGACAGGUUAUAACAACAGUCAACGUGUGGAUUAUUUAUCCGCUGGGAGAGGUGGUUGUUAGUUGAAUUCCGACUGUAGUCCAGUAAUCAGAAUGUUCGACUAUCCUGUAGGGAGAAUUCGGAUUUUUGUCGGCGUUGGUGUGUCACUGACUGAAGAAGCAUCAUUCACAAACUUGAAGAGUUUAAAAAAGUAUGACUGGCUUUUGUUUUGUUUGCUAACUAAUAACUGGAUUGUUGCUUGUGAAUUUUAGAUUCCAUCAUCUUGAACUCCACAUCUGAGUUUUGUCGCACACUGGGUGAAAUACCGACGAUAAGUAAGUACCAUAUUGCGCUUAUAUUGCACUUAUCUCCUACAGAUAACUCUAGCUUUAGGAUAUUAAGGACUGGUAAAAGAGUACAGGAGGGUGGGCCGGAGAAUUAAGAAAUGUGGUGGAUAAAAAAACACCUGGCCCACCCCCUCUUUGCCUGCGAGCAAGCUCUCCUUUUGAGGAAGUCGCGAGAAGUCACGCGAGAUCCGCACGCUAAGGGAGACGCGAGUGUGAGGAGUUCUCUCGCGUCUCGCUUUGCUCGAGCUAAGCCCCUCCUUUUGGCACAAAACGACUGGGCCAACUGUCCUCUCCUACGACACAAAGCCAUGCCGAAGAACUUCUGCGUGGGAGGCUAUUCGCACUGACACUAUAAGUGAAAGUAUUCUUUUAAGGCCUUGGGGCCCGUUUCUCGAAAGUCCCGGUAACUUUUACGGGCCCGAAAUCAAAUAUUCAAAUCGAAAUAUGAAGAAUAAGAGCACGGGUCCUGGCUAGCAAACUACUCCAUUUUGUUUCAUUAACUGACAGUUUUAUCAUGUUAGAUGCAAAACUAUUGAAACCUCGAUCUUUAAACAGAGACAGCUUACCGGGCCCGAUAAUUAUCGGGACUUUCGAGAAACGGGCCCCUGGCCCCGGUUGUUUAAACGUUGGAUAGCGCUAUCCACCGGAUAAAUCGCCAUCCAGUGGAUACGUUUUAGGGAAACCAAUUGGAUUAUCCACUGGAUAGAGAUUUAUCCGGUGGAUAGCGCUAUCCAAUGUUUGAACUACUGGGGCUUAGAAUUGUUUUUUCUUCGAGUUCGACUGAAGUCCUCAAAGGCUCAUAUUGUACCCUGGAGAUUUCAGUAGCUUUAAAUAUCACGGUAAAACGCAACACUGAUGGAGAGAGGGGGGUUAAAACAGGUGUACUGUCAGCCUCAGAUUUGUUAAAUCGGGCGAUGAUUGUUUCGAGCUGCCAACGUCAAAAGAGACUCUUAACCUAUACCUUUUAGCCUGGAAAAUUCCUGGAAUUGUAUUCUCCCUCAGUAAUGCAUGAUCCAUCUACAUAGCACUAGCUAUACCUAUUGGCAGACUUCCUUCAAGCGGCUUGCUGGCCUUUAGUAGCGCGGUUGUUUAGUAAGCAGUGAUUUUGUUGCCUCUGCGUCCUUCCUCCCUGACGCCUAAAAAUCCCCAGAAACGCAAAAUAAUUCAUGGCAUGCGUUCCGUAGGACGCAAAGAUCGAUUGAUCGAUCUGAACAUGUGUAUUUGUUGUAAUAUCCCGUUCGAGUAAUUUCUGUGACAGUUUUUGUGUCUGUUAAUUAACGAUGCAGGAUGCAUAUUUCUUUUAGCCUUUGUUUUGCUUUAAAAUAGAAGGACUAUAUUUUAAGUUCAGUAUAAUGUAAUACAGAGUUUUGGAGUCUGUCUUCAGAUUAACUGUCUGGUUACAUAAAGGCCAAAGCAUUUUCCAUUUCGGACUCGUUUCUUUUUUUUUUAACUGGGGCUCAUUGGUUCCGAACUUGAACUCAUGAUUUUUCUCAAGAUGAGUCCUAGGACUCACCAUAACUAUCUGUAACAAAAUCACUGAGUAAGGUGUAAUUUUGCUUCGUCUUAGGUGCACCUGGUGAGCAAGCAGAAGAGGAAGAGGAUGAUACAGAGGUAUGAAAAACUACCACACUAUAAAAUAUAAAAAACUAUCAAAAUAUUAAAAGGGUUUUAAUGUGGCGGAAUGCCCUCCCUUUUGAGAGUUAUGUCCAAAAAUGCACCCUAAUAUUCAUGCUCGUCAUGACAUACAUCACGAAGUGUCCCCUAACCCUAAUCUUCGCCCUGGAUGUUCAAAAGUUAGAUAACGCUAUCCACCGGAUGAAUUGCUUUCCAGCGGAAAAGUCUUAUGGAAACCAGUUACGUUAUCUGGUGGAUAGUGAUUUAUCCGGUGGAUAGGUUUAUCAAUUCACCUUUUGAAUAACUGGGGCCUGAACGUUUGCAGUUGUGUCAAACGUGGAUUGAUUUGGAAUUUACUGAUACUCGUGUCUAGUCAGUGAAGUAUCCAAAGUCCGAGUUAUGUGCUUCUUUAGGCAUUAGUUUCUUUUAAUUUUAUUUGUCCCUGAGCCAAUAACGACCCUCUACUCUUCGCUGAAUCAAAAGGGGACCAGUUAUUUUCGGAAGCAGUAAAAGUGAAAAUCUGGAAGCUUUAUAAAUGUUAGUGCACUCAGGAAUCUCUUGCGGAGAUUUGUACGAGUAGAAUUUUUAGAUUUUCGUUUGCAUUUCAGCGAAAAUCAGCAAUAACAAACCAAAAAUCUGUUGCGCAAGAUCGUUAAAACCGAGUUCGUAAAAUAUUAGUCCAAACUUUAUGUUGUGGUUCAAUUUUAUCCUUUUUUAAACUCUAUUUUUCUUUUUAGGGGGGUAUGGUAUUGUAUGGUGAUAAAUUCGAAAUGAAGGAAAAUAAGCUUUAAACCAAGGAUAAAAAUACAACGAGUAUUGCCAACUUUUUUCUGAUCAGUAAAAUAUGUUGUUUUACAGUGGCGCAUGGAUGUGGAGAAAGACGAAGAAGCUGAGCCGCAAGGAGGCUGGGAAUGGGUUAAAACUCAAGAGGAAAAGAUUAAGAAAGAACGGGAAAAAGUUUGUUGGCUUUCCUGUACUGCUUAAAUUGAUUACGUUUUCUGUACAAACAUCUCGCACGUAAUUAAUAUCCAUUGUCUCGAACGAUUAUUUGGGCUGGAUAGGGAGACUGGUGUUUAGUUAUGCAUUCUGAUGGACUGUGGGGAAGGCAAAAUGUCUCUGACCGGCGCUUACCAAUUCCCAGAAUUUUUUGAACAGACCAGUUUGGUUUUAAAGAGAAUUCCACUGUUAAUAAGGAGUAUCCAGACUAGUCUCCUCCUAAAUUGUAUGAACCGCGACAUUGCUGGGUCGAGCGGAAAUUUUGGUGAACGACUAAUUAUUUCAUUUUCAAAAUCACCGGUCCUGCCGGCCAAUUUUGAGUUUUGGUAAGCGUCUGAUGAUAUAGGCGGCAAGCAAUCGAUCAAGAACGGUUUAAGGCUUGUUUCCGUGUUGCCAUGAAAACGAUCGAAAUCUUACGUUAAAGUUAAAACCUGACCUACUUAAUUUCUUAUAAAUAUAUAUUGUCCGUGCCAAAUUUGAGCUUUAUACCUGCAACGAAUCUCUUAAAAUAACACUCCCGAUGAAUAGUAGUCAUAGUAACGACUUAAAACCUAUUAAACUGUGUUAAGCCACCUUAAGAGUACCAUUGAAAAAGUAGCGAUUAGCACAGUUGUUUACCGCGCUGCUUUUUGUGCAAAAGGCUCCGAGUUCGAUUUCGAGGUGUGACCCCAAAUCCUUGUUUUGACUUUUCUCCUUUACAGCUGUUUCGGAUAACACGCGACCGGCGUUGUCAAAAACUUCUUUGGAUUUUGGGUUCAAUCAUCUUAGCGGACCUCAUAGGAAACAAGUUUACUUCAGCGGGUUCAAAAUGAGGGAUUUCGAUCUGUUUUGUUUGUUUCAAGUUUCGCUGCUUUUGAACUUCAGAGCUCGCGUGUUUGCAAGUUUUAGCUCUCAAGCUUUUUUACCUUCUUUCCGAAACAUGGCAAGUUUAGAUUCCCAAGGUGAAAUUGUUCCUGUAGAGCUUCCUAAUCCAGCAUGAACACAGAUAUGGGAGGGUGAAAACGAAUCAUUCGUUCCCGCCAACAUUUAAUUUUGCUACUUCUGCUUGUUAUUGCCGCCUUUAUUUGACAAGCAAGGACUGGAUGCUAUGGUAACGGUUUGAUUGACGUCAAAGAAAAACCCAAAAUCCUGAAACGUUUUUGGCAACGCAAGUCGCGUGUUAUCCGAAACAGUUGCAAGUGCAGCUUUAGGAAGCUGUAAAUUCCGGUAAAACGAAGCACUGAUGGUGAGAAGGAGGGGUACGGUGGGGGGUAAAAUGAGCGCACCGGCGGCCUCAUUUUAUCAGCCUAAUGAGUACUGUUACGAGUUGCCGACAUGAAUUAAGGACCUUCACGUUUGCCUUUCUACCGUAAAUUAAACUUUGGUUUUGGCCAGUUAAACCAAUAAUAACUCUAACUCCUUCUUGCGUGUAUUUGUAUUUAAGGAAACUGAAAGUAGCAUUCUUGAAGCAGAGCCUCUGGUUGGCUCUGGAGUGGGCGCUGCCUUGUUUCUCGCAUCUAAAAAAGGUAACUGCAUCGCAAAAAAAACUGCCCACCUACCCCUUCCCUAAGCGAACAUUAACACUUACUUUUCACUUAGGGCAAAAUGUUGGCUUAGGGUAGGGGUGGGUGAGCAGUUUCCCAGAAACGUAUAAUGAAUCAAAAUUUGCGUCAAAGCUUCUUUGCGCUUCCCCCACCAGACUGUGAUAUUUUUGCAGGACCAUCAAAAAUAAAAUGUUUUCACAGCAAGGGUUUUUACAUUGCGAAUAGCCUACGUUCGAUGUAUUAAAAUUCUAACAUGACUCUGAGGCUCUCUGGUCAUUUUUCUGUAUUUGGUUUGGUUUUCUUUGUGCUCAGGUCUCUUUUGGGAAUUGCGAGACAAUGGAGUCUUGAAGAAUUUGCAAUUUCUACCCUAAAGGCUCGGAGUCAUGUUAGAAUUUUAUUACAUUGAACUUAGGCUAUUCUUGUUUGUAAUGUUCUUUUUGCCUUUUCAAUCAGGUGAUUUAUUAUUCCUUAACUUCCCCCUACUGAAUACGAGUCGAUACUACAGGAAAAAAUGUGGCGUGAUUAGAAGAUGAGCACGAGAUGUCGCACUAAAAAACUAACGCUCUCGUGUUGAAAUUCCUUUAGGUUUAUUGGAACAAACAACUAAAACCAAGAAUGAAGGCAAAGCUCUUCCGUUUCUGCCAUCUGUCGGUGUUGUGGAUGAAGAAAAGAUGCGGUGAGUCUCAAAACUCCCUUUAAAAUUUGCCUCACCUUAACCUUUGCACAGUUUUUUCAGUGUGUCCCUGUGUCAGUUAUUAGUCGUUAUUAGACAUUGAGGUUAGUUGUGGAGGUUGACCGCUUAUCAUCGUAAUUAAUAAACACUGAAGACCUCAUUUAUGAGCUACACGCUCUAGAAAACGAGUCUUUUAGAAUUUUUGCUUGUGGACUUUCAAUGAAUAAACCAAUCAGCUGCAGUCAAUCAGUCAGCCAUUCAGCCAGCAAGUCAGUUAGAUAGGGCGUUAGUCCGUGAAUAACCAAAGUUUAGCGAAUUUCUUUUUACUUGAAGAAACGUUUCAAUGAAUAUUAACAAAGUUAAAUGUUGGAUGUUUUCUCUUAGGGCCUGUUUACAUGAAGUGGGGGACCCCGGUCUAGUGGGGUUGGUUUCGUUUGUUCUCACGCUCUAGGGGACACAAAACAAAAGAAACCUACCCCAGUAGACCGGGGUCCCCCACUCCAUGCAAACAGGGUCUUAGUGACUUUUCAAAUGUUUUGAAAUCUUCGAUAAAUUACCUCUAAGUUCUUAAACUGAAAGUUUUUUUGUACAGUUAACAAAAUGAUACCAGAGACGUGUCUCUGCGCACUUAUCUUUUUAAGUCUGUCUGAUUUUCACUUUCUUUUUUUUUCUCUUGCAGCGAGGAAGAAAGAGAACGCGGUGGACGACCGCCUAGGUAAAAAUUUUCUUUUUAUUAUUCAACUAUAAUAGACCAUUUGACCGAUACGGCGGCCAUAUUGAAUUUAUUAGAUUUAAGGAGUAUUAUGGGAUACCCAGGGGGCCUGAGCACGAUCCGAUAUACUGGCUCAGUAUUAACGCGCGCUUUUCUGGCCAAUUUUUCUUUAAGUUUUCCUAGAAAAAGAUUGUAAUGGGAAAAAACUAUCGUUAUGUCGUGUUUGGAUGUAAUAAUGAUCGCCUUUUUCCCGAGAAAUAUACAGUGAAGUUCUCUUUUUGCCCGAAAAGCGCAAGUAACUCCUUAAAUCUAAUAAAUUCAAUAUGGUCGCCUUGUCGGUAAAAGGUCUAUUGGUAUGUUUUUCUUCCUACGUUCUUGCGAGAUGAAUAAGAGAAAAAGACGUUAACCGUACCAUUUUUUUUCAGGGAUUUUGACAGGGACCGCGAUAGAGACCGUGACAGAGACAGGUUAGUGAGUCACUUUUCAUUUAACUCUUCAACUUCCGAAAGUGUUUAAAAAAAGCAACGUUCCAACAUUUGCAAAUUCUAGUCUGUAAGAUCUUGUAUGGGAAAGAACUCCUCAGUAGCUUUCACGUUGAACAGCAUGAAAAGCAGUACCAAAAAAAAGUCUUGCUCAGUAGCUUUCAUUUGAAUGGUCACACUUUAGGAUUCCAUUCACAGACUCAAAAGUUAGAACCACCUUGUACAGCAUAAUAAUCAGUACCACAGGAAAGUACUGCUCAGUAGCUUUAAUUUGAAUGGUCACACUUUAGGAUUUCGUCCACAGACUCAAAAGUUAGAACCACCUUGUAUAGCAUAAUAAACGGUACCACUGGAAAGUACUGCUCAGUAGCUCUCAUUUGAAUGGUCACACUUUAGGAUUCCAUUCACAGACUCAAAAGUUAGAACCACCUUGUACAGGAUAAUAAACAGUACCACAGAAAAGUACUGCUCAGUAGCUUUCAUUUGAAUGGUCACACUUUAGGAUUCCAUUCACAGACUCAACAGUUAGAACCACCUUGUACAGCAUAAUAAACACUACCACAGGAAAGUACUGCUCAGUAGCUUUCAUUUGAAUGGUCACACUUUAGGAUUUCAUCCACAGACUCAAAAGUUAUAACCACCUUGUACAGCAUAAUAAACACUACCACAGAAAAGUACUGCUCAGUAGCUUUAAUUUGAAUGGUCGCACUUUAGGAUUUCAUCCACAGACUCAAAAGUUAAGACCACCUUGUACAGCAUAAUAAGCAGUACCACAGGAAAGUACUGCUUAGUAGCUUUCAUUUGAAUGGUAACACUUAGGAUUUCACCCAUAGGUACAAAAAAUAGAACCACUUAUACCGAAUAAUUAACAGUGCCACAGGAAAGUAUUUCUUAUUAACGUUCAUCUAAUUGUUCACUGGCAACAAACGACUCCUUCCAAAGACUCAAAAGUUGCAGCUAACUAUCCCUCUGCCCGGUUCUUAAUUCGCCUCGACUCGUUAUCACAGAAACCAAAAACGUAUAGCCACCGAUUAGUAGUCUUUCAAACGAUACUAUUUACACUUGAUCAGAGCAAGGAGGUGAAAACGCUUGAGAUCUAGGCAGUAUAUCCCAGUGGCGGAUCCAAAAAAGGGGCCCGGGGGGCCGCCCCCUCCUUAUUUUUAGACCAAACUGAGGCCCAAAGGGCCAAAAAAAAUUUUUUUGAGAUCGCCCGCCCCCUAUCUCAGGGUCUGGAUGACCGGGUUUCCCCCUCCCAUCUGAAGGUAUGGAUCUGCCACUAUAUGCCUUAUCCCGAUAACCUGAAAUACUGCCGCUUUAGAGGCUUGGCCGUUUCUGGCCAAACUAUCAACAUAAAAAAUGUAUGACUGUUAAUGAAAGCAAAUAAAUUCUGCUUGAAUUGUUUUGGUAGUAAGACAAACGAAGCCGCAUCGAAGAAGAUAGUUAAAUAUUAUUUACUGACUAUGAUUGGUGAUGAUUCCUGAUUUGCCUUUGUUAGAUACGGUGGUGGAUCCAGGAACAAACAGGAUUACAAGCCUGAUAUAAAACUGGAGUACUAUGAUGACAAUGGCCGCUUCCUUUCACCUAAAGAGGUACUCACAGUUUGUAGUAAGAACUAAGGCACACGCGCGCGGCUUUGAAUGCUUUGGCGAACAGGGGAAAACGCGCGUGAGGCUUGGUUGAUUUAAUGAUUGUUGACAAGUACGUGCGUGGGUUCUGAUUAGGGUAAGGAUUGGGUGAAAGCGCGCGUGGCUUUGUGUUAAAUUUAGCAGACGGAGACAAGCGCUCGUGACUUAAGCUUCUGAUCCGUUAGAGAAUCCACGCACGGGCGAGUUACUCUUUGUGAUUAGUUAAGCGGACGGAGAUAAGCACUCUUGGCUUUGAUUGGCUUAGUGAAUGAACUCAGAUCAGCUGACGUUUGAUUGGUGACUUUGGAAAUUCGGAAUUAAGACGUAGAAGGUAGCGCAUAACGUGUUGAUGACAAAUGCGUCCUGCACAUGUUUAUCUUUCAGGCUUUCCGUUUUUUGUCACAUAAGUUCCAUGGAAAAGCGUCAGGCAAAACUAAGACAGAAAAAAGGAAUAAGAAGCGGCAAGACGAAGUGGUAAGUACAUAACAGUAUUAAAUUACAUUAUACCAACAUUGAACGUCAUUGCUCCAACAUGGAGAAUUCUAAAAGACGAAGUGGUAAAUGCAUAACAAUAUUAAAUUACAUUAUACCAACAUUGAACGUCAUUGCUUCAACAUUGAAAAUUUCAAAAGAGGUAAACAGCGCCACCACAAAGUUACACUGUGGGAUUCUUAUUCUAAGGCAAAAAGAAAAUCGGCAUUAACUUGUUCAGCGCAGUAAACAUUACAAGGGGGACACCAUCAAACUGGUUUUUUGGAGUGCGAGCAUCGGUUUAUUGAUAAACCAAUGGCAAGCUCAGGGCUAUUGGGUAUGGGUUUAAAAUUGUAUCCUGAGCAACAUGCAGCGCAUGCUCCAUAAAGAUCUUACUCGAUUCGUGCCAAGUCUUUCUCGAGUCAGUGAAAGAAAGGCUGUUCUGGCAGGGUAGUCAUGGGUCAGAUAGACUGCAAAACAGUCGGUUUUUUCCUCAAAAUCUGUAAAGAAAUCGGUAACGCGUGGCGUAAGACUCUUAUGCGCGCGAACCGCGCGAGCCUCGUGAGGCGAGAGAGAAAAAACCGACUGUCCGUUUUCCAUACAAUGAUUUCGUUCCAACCAGGGGGUUCAAAAAUGUCGUCGAGCUGCCAAAAAUCUGUUCACAACCCCGCCCUCUUAUGAAAUUGUACACUCGGUGACUGAUUUCGAUGUAGAAUACCGCGUGUUAUUGUCUGCACUUGGCUUCGAAUCUUGACACUGUAAUCCGGUAAUUCUAAAGUAUUUUUUGGCGUUGCUUCUCUGUGAAAUGUAGUAUAUAUAGUGGAGGAUCAAAAAUGAGUGGAAGUGGCUGUACAACAACAAAGCCUGCCUGCUCCUCGAAGAGGGAGAAAGCCGAAAGUGCCAAGCGCUUCGGAUAAAUUGUAGAAUGUGCGGCUGUUGUUUCAAAACACAGUUCGGCAAUUCUACGAGUAGAUGGAUAAGAUCUGAAAAUGUGUUUGUUGCGCCUACCAGAAAAGGAGAAACGUUACCAAAGCGGGCCGACCUACAAAAAAACGAAAAGUUCGUUGUCCCCAAGGAAGUAGAAUCUUUCUCCACAAGAGUUUUCUCCUCGUGCGGAACAAAGGUUAGAAACUGCCCCGGGAAACUGCACGGCGAUGCUUUCGCAAAUUAGAGAAGAACUGAACACGCCAACUGACAAUGAACAAUUAUUGCGAUUAAAAAGAAUGAGUAAAUCCCCUCAUUCCAAUCCACGUCUUGGUGAUUUAGCUCUGUAAAUCACUAUCUGUGAGAAUUUAAAAUCCUGCUAAAAACCCAAACGAGCUGGGCCCAGCGUGACAAAACAUUGCAGGAAAUAGUCACAUUCACGGACAUAAAGAAAAUCGCUUAAAAUUAUUCAAAUCCAGGAGGCACUUUGGAGAAAUAAAACAACCUAAAACCCUUAAUCAGCCGCAAUGAAGAGCUUGACAUUUCUAAAGGGGCCAAGAAAGAAAACGGUCUUGCAUCAGAGGGCAAAUCAUGCCGACUAGAGAAAAUCAAUAUGCGUGUCACGACCUGUCAGUAUGAAAUAUAUUUAAUAAGCGGCCAAAAUUCACGAUUGCUCAGUCAAAACGUUUUCCUCCAAAGCAUAAUCUACUCGAAAGAGAAAACAAUUCAUUGGAACAAGCAGCAUUUUUGCAUCAGGUGAAAGUCGUGUGUUUCCUACCGAUCCCCCUUUUUUAGCCAGGCAAGAUAACAAUGACGGUCGGCCGUUGAACAGAACUUGACGAACUCUUUGCGUGAACCACAUCUGAUAAAUGAGGCUUUUGUCAAAUCCUGUUGGUAGAACACGGAAAACAUCCUUUCCCCUGAGCAGUAACUCCAAAGCUUCCCUCUGCUCCGAUUUUCAAACAAAUCCCAAUUCUUGCGAGCAUAUCCGGUCGAUCCGUCAUUUUACGGUGAAAGCUUUAGCAAUUCAUCUCGGUAGGGAAUAUCGCGAAUGACUUGUUGAAAACAUUACUUGACAGCUUGGUGACAGCUGCAUCGAAAUUUACCCAAUGGGAAUUGCCCGUGGCUGGGAGAAGCGGGUAAUUCGAACGAAUAUAACGUAUGCAAAACGGACAGUCCGUAUUUUUUAGCGUCUCUCCCCAGUCUCGCUCUCUGUUUUCAGCCUCGUUCCACACCUUUUGUUUGACUGCUCGCGCGUACUUGAAUACGCAAAAUAGGGACUGUUUUGCAGUCUAUGGGUCAGACUGCUGUUAUAAUACCUAAACUCAAGCUAUACAAUUAUUCCGAGACUGAGUCAAUCAGUCAGUCUUAGGGCCCUUUCCAUUUGUCAGAACUGACCGGCUGGACCAUUCACACUGUAAUGAGAAAUUCACUUUAACUCAAAACCAUCCAGCCAGAUCAGUAAAAUCCUAAGUAGUAUGCAAGAAAGAGAUCUUUUGUUCAGCAAAACUUUUGGAAAAAGCCUAUUUCAUUGUUAAAAUGACAGGUCCGGCAAUAGUCGGGCCGGCCAACUCUGACUUUUGGAAAGCGCCCUUAGUUCACAUAACUAAGCUUAUGUGCUUGCGUUUACAGGCGCUUCAGAAGAUGAACUCAGGAGACACGCCUCUCAACACCACCGCCCUUCUCAUAGAAAAACAGAAAACCGCGCAGUCGCCUUUCGUCAUACUUAGCGGAGCAGGACAAACUUUCUCCACAGGGUGGGUGACAAGUUUAAUUGCCGUACUCUAGACUGAUUGUGUUAUCUUCGCAAGGCAAACUUAGCAGUUAAAGAUUAAAAGGCUUAAUUUAAAGCAUCUCUAGAGGAACUGUGUUCAUCCACCUGUCUCCUCCCUGGGGCUUCGUUUUUCGCACAGAAGCGCGCGCGAAACGCGAGUGACGCGAGAGUGACUGGUGACGAAGCACAAGGGACCAUGGGAAGGAGAAAGAAAUUUUCAUCGAGAGAGAGAGACGUCUGAGUACGAGGCAGGUUUAGUUCAGUCACCAUAAUUAAUUAUAACGCUUUGGUGUUGGGGGGUGGGGGGUAUUGAAGAGAUCGUUACGAUAUUCAGUCUGAUGUAGUACUCUACUCUACUCAUCAGUACCCUUUGUUAGAAUUUUUCCCAACAAAAGUGUUGAAUCUCUACUACAUCUGUGCAAUUUGCUCUUGCUUAUGAUUGUCUCUUGUGUAAACUAAGCCUUUGUCGGCUUCGAUCUAACGAUUCUUCAUCUUUUACAUUUUCUUUCAGAACGACAAUCUCGAAAAGGAAGUAACAAUCUGUUGCUCGAUACUCAUUCUGUGUAUUGCAAUACAGUUAGGUUCUUAGUUGUCGCAACUAGUUGCCAGCAAGAUGAAAGAUAAAACAGUAGUACCUGUUAUCUUGCUAUAAAUCUCUGCAUUUUAAUUAAUUAGACUUAAUAUUAUUAAUGAACGUAUGUAAAAUUGUCCUAUGCUUUUUUUUAUUAAAGUGGAUUUGUUACUUAACACAGUAACGUUACACAGGACGAGUAGUGUCACGAAUAUUGUACUCUUAAUGGCUUUGCAAAUACAGUGGCAAGGCCAAGCACAUAGUUCUGAUUGCCUUAAAAGACUGAGCGCACGCGAGAAAGUGCUCGCCUUGAACGUGUCCUUUGUGUCACACUGUCUAAACCUUUGUGAUGUUCAUUAACGUAAAUUGUUGCUGCAGUUUGUUUUAGUUUAUUGCGCUCCAUUUUUUCUACUGAUUCUUCAAAAAUUUAGGAAGUGGUAAAAUUGAAAUUCAGAACUAAAACUUAUAAUGGCAUGAAAAACUGAACAGUCGACGUUGUGGCGCCGUGAAACGACAGUCUGUUUUCCCAGGCUACUGUGAAAAUAGCGCCGUUUUAUUUUUAGAAAUUCUGAAAAACAAAUAUGACCACGCGUUAGUUCUAACAACCGUUUCAUGUGGUUGACACUUUUCGGCACACAUUUCUUUGACGUCCACUUCACGACCACGAAGACAAACUUCUUAAUUUGACGUUUUAUUGAGGACGUGGACACACGACGACGAAUUUUCCUUUUUCUUUCUAAACUUGUAUGGCAUUCUUAAGAAUUCAAGUCAGGAAAGUUAGCUCACCUGGGAAUGAGAGAGGCCAAAUUAAGGCCGAAGAACUUGAAAGAACGCAAUUUCGUUUAUUUAGAUUACGUUUUCACGGCCGUCUUUGUCGUGGUAGCUUGAGCUCCGUAAUAAACAACACCUCGAGGAGGAACUUCCACAAUAAUUUUCAACUGCCAAAACAGCCCAAAAAGAGGACAUCUGUUGACCAGUAGUUUCCUGUUUUACUGUUUAUUAUGCCGUUAACUUGCGGGUUAAUAUUGACCAAAAAAUUCCGGAAAUUCGAUAGAAAUGAGAAGACCUUUAUAUUUAAACGUGAGCUUUUGUUAAACGUGGUUUUGAAUUUUAGUUUUUUUAAAAGAAAUAACAGGGACACCCAACGUCAAUUUUCGAGACCUAGAAUUUUCGGAACAUUUGUUGUAAAAUUCCUUGCUUUCCUUCCUCUCCUAGGAUUUCCGAACAUCUAAAAAAAUGGUAUAAUUGCCCAUUUUUAAUGGAUUUUUGCCCUAAAAAGGUCACCUAGAAUUUUCGGGAACCUUUUUUUCGCGGAAAUUUUCGAAAAGGUAAGUUUUAAUCCCUAUAAUUUUGGAUCACUAGACUUUCAGCUAGGAAAUCCGAACAGACGAAAAAUGUUUAGGGGAUAAAAAUAUGCCUAUAUCUACCGUUUCAAUGCUAAAAUACGUUUAACAAUGCUAUGUUUAAGUGGUUUUGAACUAUAUUCUCGAUGGGAGCCCCUGAAAUGUAAUAACGGUUUGACGAAAACCAGUGACGGAUUCAGGGGAGGGGCCAGGGGGGCUCGCCCCCCCCUAUUUUUAGACCAAACUGAGACCCAUGAAAGAGCCCGAAUGGGGUCUGAGUUAGGCCUCAUGGGCUAUUGACUCAGAGGCCAUGAAGGCGAGAGGAAUAAUUGUUUUAGUAAAAUCCAACUAGUUGGUAAAAAAUAUCAAGACAAAACAACUUUAGCUAGAUAAAGCUACACUUUAAUACUUUUUUGCCGCCAAAAAGCCGGCGCUUUGCGCUACUAGUGGACUAUAACAUAUAGCCUAGUAGUAGCUCAACCAAUCAGAGCGCAGCAUUGAUGAUAGACCACUAGUUGGAUUUUACUAAAACAGAUGAACAGAAACCAGUUUUGCUUUAUAGCUUGCUUUUUAGUAGCCUGAAUUUCAUCCGAUUACUUCGAGUCGUUAUUACUCCCUCAGUGAGAGGAGAAAACGACUCGAAGCAAUCGGAUGAAUUUCAGGCUAGCUUUUUAGAAAUAACACAAGACCCUCCGUACCAAAGUCUUAAGACGCAAGGUAGGUAUUCUACAUUCAUGGAGAAAACGAAACGCAAAAGCCUUAUAAACUUAGGGAUGUAGCCACGGGAAGGCAAAAAAUUCGUGCUAUUUUCUCAUUCUUAAUUGGUGCCUUAAUUCCACGUCUAUCUAGGAAGAUAUGGGCAACAAAGGCUGAAAGAAAUUGGAACUUACUGAAGUUUAGUAAGAUAUGGACGUUGCCUUUUUCCCUAUUAUGCGUCAACCAACGUAGCCUCCCACGCAGACGUUCUUAGGGGUUCGUCACGCGUUCCUGCCCCACGAACGCGUGACGAACCCUAAGAACGUCUGCGUGGGAGGUUACAAACAACGAUCAUUUCCACCGAUUGCAUUUCAACAAGGGUUCCAAGAAAGGUAACGAAAAAUAUUCAGAAUUUCUGAUCCCCACAAAAAAAAAAAACAAGCAAUAUAGUCAGAAAUUCUUACCCCCAUAAAGUACUCUAAAGAACAUUGACAAAUUUUGACCACCCAGUGAGACUUAAACUCCGAUCCAUAAAAGCAUUCAAAAUUCUUACCCCCUUAAAGACAGAGCUCCAAAAAACUAUUAGAAAUUGUGAUUCCCACAAACGACCCCUGACAACAUUCAGAAAUUCUAACACUUAAAAACUACAGAAACUGGUUCCCACGAAGAACUUCGAAAAAGUUCAGAAAUUCUGAUCCCUACCAAUGACUUACCCAAACAUUCAAGAACUCUCACUACCAUAAAAACUCGAAAACACAUUCAGACUUUUUGAUCCCAGACCUCCACACAUCAUUCAGAAAUUCAAAUCUCCACAAGGAAUUCCAAAAGACAAUAAGAAGUUUUGAUCCCCACAAAGGACUCUACGACUGUAAGCGUGCAGAAAUUCUGAUCCCCACAAAGAACUCCAAAAAGACAUGUCAGAAAUUCUUACCCCCAGAAAGAACUCAAAAAAAAUCAUUCAGCAUUCAGAAAGUCUGAUUCUCACAAACAACUCCAAAAAACGUUCAGAAAUUCUUACUAUUCUCCAUAAAUAACUCUUGAAACCUUCAGGCGUCCUCAGCCCCUAUAAAGAACUUCUUAAAACAUUCUAAAAUUCUGAUUCCCCAAACAGAAUUCCAGAACGUACCAUUCAGAAAUGUCAAAUCCCUACAAAGAACUCCAAACGACAAGCUGAACAUUUGAUCCCCAUUAAGCACUUUCAAACUGAAAACGUGCAAAUAUUUUGAUCCCCACAAGGAACUCACAAACUGAAGACAAUCAGAAAUUAAAUUGUUACCCCCAGAAAGAACUCCAAAACUGACAUUCAGAAAUUCCGAUCCUUAAACAGAACUCCAAAACGUGACAUUCCGAAAUUCAAAUGCGCACAAACUGAACUCCAAAAACGUCCAGAAAUUCUGAUCCCCGCAAAGAACUCCAAAAAACGUCCAGAAAUUCUGAACUCCAUAAAUAAAAAGAACUUAGAAAUCAUUCAGAAAUUCUCGCUCCGAUAAAAGAACUCCAAAAAACCAUUCAGAAAUUCUGAUCAAAAGUCAGUCAAGUGUACAUGUGAUUUUUUGAUGCAUGAUCUCAAAUAUCACAAUUCAUUUCAAAUUUAGCUAGUUUAUCACCAGUUUUUGCAAAGCUAAUAAUAAUAAACUUAGCAUAUGAACUAUGAUCAUGCGUUCAUUUCCUUGGGCGCGAAAAAGCUCAGGAAGAAACGCCGUGUUACGCUCAGAGGGAAGGGGGGGCUAUACUAAAAAAUAGGUUUUAUAGGGGGAGGCUUAGCCCCAAGGUUUAACCCCUUAUCCUUUUAUACCACCAUUUUUGACAGAAAGGUAGCCCUUCGUCUACCUUUCAUUGACAAAUGGUACCCCCCUCACAUACGCACCUAGUUUAGAACUUUGCAUCCCUUUUAACUGCUGUAAAUACACCGUCUUUGAAAUAUGAAUAAAUCACCAAACCAGAACGUUUUCCGGACUUUUACACAGCUAUUAACGCAUCUGUUAGCCCGGUCUUUGGGGCCUUUUUACAGACCGAAUUGACAGAUUUCCCAAUCCUUUCAUCUACUUCAAAUAGUGGAAUAUCCUUUCAUAAACCUUCAGCCUGAAACAGGCACCCCUUUCGGGUGGAGCCUCCUAGUAUAGGCUAUUAUAAGGCGUACCCCCCGGGUAUUUGACACAUGACACUUUAUCCCACCGACAGCUUUUAAUGACAAUUUCACUGCUUUUAACUUUUAACAAAUGCAAUUGAUGUUUAUUGGUUUUCUUAAGUGAAUUGUCCACUACAAACACGUAAUUUGUACCGUAAUGGGGAAAAAAAUUUAAUUCGAUAUUCAUCAAUCAAUUAAUACAUUUUUUUUUCUCCACACCGCUCUCUGCUCACAUUGAGUGUGCUUUGUUUUCUUUUGACGCAGUGGAAAAAAAACAUUUUGGCAGUGCCGCAGGGCAGGCAAUUGGGGAUAACCCUGAAUUGGAAGCAAUCAUCGAUUAUUGUACAAAACGUGCUGCAUCCUUCAUCCUAAUUUUACCCUAAUUUAUUUCUGCUCGCUUCUCUGUGUGUGCUUUAUUCAUUUCUAUUUUCAUUUCUUUGCUGGGUGUAACCAUAUCGUGACCACAAAAAUAUGUGAAAGGUCAGUGAAAUACGAACUGGCGUUUGGGACAGGCCAUCAAAUGAUGAAACCGGAUACACAAAUUUUGCAGUGACCGGUAAAUUUUGAAUGAGUUAAAAACAGUUGCACACUCGAGAGAGUUUACAAGCACAACAAGGCAGAGCGAAGCGUGGCUGUCCACUGAAUACAAUCAACCAAGGUUGUGGCACAAACACACAAACAGAUUGUACGAUUUGGCAAAGCGAAUUUUUGGAAAACUCCCUUUUCGUUCAGAUAAACAACUAUUUGGACACAAAUUCAGUGCGUUUCCACAGUUGCUGUGUCCGUUAGAGAUUUCAGAGAGUGAGUAGAUUACUUUAUUAUUGCAUGAUUUAAACUAUGUUAACGCUUCUCAAUAUUUUAUAGCUUUUUAAGAUGGUUAGACUGACAACAGUAGUUUAGAAUGGCGAUGGACGGCUUUAAGAGGAAAUGAGUUGUACAGGCUCAGUAGUUCAGCAUUUCGAAUUACUUGCUGUCGUUGACAAUAUUUUAAGUUUCAAAAAAAUGAAAUUAAAGAUAGAUGGCUGGGUCAAAUGACAUCAAACGCAUGGCAUUAAUGUUUUCACAGAGUAUUGAACUAGAACAUUACAAAUCUGAUGUCUAUUGAGAAUACUGCCAAUUGUGCACUCUCGAGGAACUCGCGCGAGAGGGGGAAGUUCUUCUCUAAGAUAUUUUCCAUUAGAUAGGUCGACUACUGUACACGGGUAGGUUUAAGUUUAAGUAUUCGUAGGCUUUUAUCUCUCCAUAAGGGUAAGUUGAGCAGGCUGUUAUCUUAGUGCGCGCGAAAAACUCUUCGGCCCCGCGUGUCUCGCGCGUUCGCGCGAUUAACAAGGUACUAUAAAGCUUCAGAUACGUAUACCUGAAUACCUCUUUCAGUUUAUUAAAAUGGUUCUUUUAGUUUUCGUAGCGUCAUCGCGACAAGAUCGUUUAUUAAUUUACUUAUUACUUAAUUAAUUGUGAGAAAAGCGAAAGACACUAACUGUGUGUUGGUUUUAAACCAAGAACACUACCGUACAAAAGGGUAUGUGCCUGCGUGGCAGCCUCGCGUUUCUCUCGCGCCUGAAACUCCCAAUCCCUUUCCCUCCAAACGCCUGCCACGCAGGCUAGCUUUAUAGGUAAACGCUGCUCCUAAGAGUUUGGUUUUCAAGGAACUAUAGACUAGACUAGACAGGAAAAGGUAUUAAUGUUAACUAGGAAACAUAUCAGAGUUUCGACUGGAUAAAGAAAUGGAAUUUGACGCUACGGUUGGCCUACAAUCUUGUAUUUAAACCAAGGACUGAGAGGCUAGGAUUUGUCGAAGGGGGUUUAUUUCGACCUGACAACAAAAACUGUGACCGUGCUGGGUCUUUGGUGAAGUAAAACGCAAAAUUGGCUAUAUCAACUAAUCAACUUUUAUGAAUAAAACGAAACUUUUUCGUUUUGUCGGUGCUAGUUGCACAAUUGGCCCAAUUUUUUUAAACGGGUGCGAGUUUUAGACUGCAUUUUAACUUGGUCACUUCCACUAGAUAGCAUUAAAGAUACAGCGAAGAUAGACCUGAGGAAAACUGUAGUAGCGUGUGUAUGUUGAGACCAUGAGGUCUCGCUGAAUGAAUCGUAUCGUCGCUAGUAUAAAACCGGCAACCGAUGUCAUCCGGCUUUCAUGAGUGUAAAGCUUAAGAUUUGCUAUAAUCGUCAUCAGCAUAGAAUUAGACAGAACCAGGGUAAAUUCUGAUCACUUUAGUGCCUGAGGUUGCAUUAGUUUUUCCCACAUAGGUGAGAUACCCUGUUUUUUGGGGGGCGUUUUUGAAGGUAUUUCACACCUUUCUACACGUUUUGCCUUUAUGAGUCGCAUCAGUUUAUCACACCAUCGUUAUCAGACAAACAACAACUUCCCGCUUCUGCUAACGUAGGGAAAACUGUUUCCUUUUUCUCCUCAGCUACAAAUGGCAGAGAAUGCAAAAAUGUUUUUGAUCGCGUGUAUGGUUGUCGCGUGUUUUCCGUCUGCCUCUUCGACGAACCCCAUGCAGCAAGCUAUAAAGAGCGUCCAUUGUGUGAUAAGGGGCAAAACGUUUACAGUUCAGGUAUUGAUUCUCCACUGCCUUUGUUAAUGACUUAUUCUUUUACUUUAAUACAGCGUAAAUGUGUGCUCAUGUUGUCUUUCGUACGCUUUCUUGAAGCAAUUCUCGUUUCCCGUUAAGAAAUUCUGUCGAGCCAGAAGCCGUUCAUGGCAACGCAUUGUGGUAUUGAUAGCCUGCGUAGCAGGCGCUUGGAAGUUGUGGGGGAAAGAGAGAACGGGCGCGCGUGCGCCCGUUUUUUCUUGUGCCCACCACUUCCAAGCGCCUGCUACGCAGGCUAUGGUAUUGAUAAUCCUUUCACUGUCAACAAAAGUUCAAGUAGUGUCAGCACCAAUAUUAGGUAGAUUUAGAAUCACAUUUCAGUAGGGCAAACGUUAAUUCAAGUUGACGAUUUCUCAAUAUAGAAAAUGAGCAGAUGAAAACUGUGCCGAACUAAUUCUUUAUGUGGAUUAAACUUGCGUGAGCGUGAAACAUCUUAUUUUUGUUGAAGCGAUAAUGAACAGUAUAAAACGACAGAUAAAGGGAAACUUGGUCGCGUGGUACAAAUCGAUGUUUGCCGUUUUUUUAAUAUUCUAUUUAUUUUCUAAAAUCUGACUAAAAAACCAAUAGCAUCACGUAAAGUACCGCUGAAGCCGUUCAAAUGAAAAGUCACACCUUAACGUUGUCUACGGACUCCACACACGUCUACAUGACUGCUAAAGUCCAAUAGCCCUAAGGAAUGUCUGCGUGUAUUAAAAUAAGAAGCUAUGAUUCCAGGAUUCUUUAAAAUCUGCGCACCACACAUUCCCAGAAUCCUUAUCAACCAGGCCCCAGUUGUUCAUAAGGUGGAUAGCGCUAUCCAUCGGAUAAAUCACUAUCCAGUGGAUACGUAUUAGGGAAACUAAUUGCGCGCUAUCCACUGCUGGAUAGAGAUUGCGCUGUCACCUUUUGAACUGGAGCCAGGCCCGCUUUCCAUAUACAUUAGUCCUUUAUGUCAUGUUGUUCAACAAAACCCGUCACUAAUGAUAAUUAAUUCAAAAAACAUCGGGAAAAGUUUAAAAACGCCGCAUAAAUUGUGUCCCUUCCACACCGUUUCAGUUUAAUUUGAGAACGUAUCUUUUUCUCUUCACGGUUUUGACCAACGGCGGAUACAAUUUUUUUUAUACUUAUCCAGAAAAUUUCAUCUGGAAAGGCAAAGCUGCUAAAAAAAAUUCAGAUUAGCGUUCGGAAAAGUCCCGAUUUCUCUAGUCACAAUUUUAGUCUGACAUGUAUUUGAAAUCGCGAAUCUCUUGUGAACGGGCCUUUCUGAUUUUUCUCUACCACCUACUGUAUAUUCCACGCUUUUUGGUAUGAAAACUUUCUUAAUCUCUUCUUUUUUUUUCUUGGUUUCCUGUUAGGUCGUAGGGUGUCAGCAGCGCUCAGUGACAGUCAAUACCUGUCUAGGGACCUGCCUGUCAUUUUCGACGCCAACCGGUUUAACCGGAACCAAAUAUUAUCAAGUGAAAUCUUGCACAUGUUGCCAGCCAAUAAGAACCGCGAAAGUUGACGUGGGGCUCUGGUGCCAAGACAACGCCGAUCCUUCCAAAAUGGUGCAGUAUUAUCAUCCCAUCGAGACUGUUACCGAGUGCGCAUGCGCGUCUUGUUGAUUUGACUAAACUUAACUAUUGCAGUCGCUUUUCUGAGUGAGAAGCGUUCUCAUGGACAAAAUUAGCCGUAAUCAGUCACACAACUGUCUACUUUAGUCGAGCAAAAAGGCUGCGGU